AUGCCUCCUCUCCCAGAGCGCAGCCGUCGUCGGGUGAUUCUGUAUCAUCAGACCCUGAUUCCUGGCGACGGUCAAUAUGUGUCGAUGCUUCCGCUUUUGACCAAUCCUACAGGCGUCACCCAUGUCAUUCUGGCCGCCAUCCAUCUCAAUGAGGGGCCUGGGAACAUCACACUCAACGAUGAUCCCUUUGAUAGCCCCAAGUUUCACCCCCUAUGGCACGAGGUUCCUCUCAUGAAAGCCGGCGGAGUUAGAAUCAUGGGCAUGCUGGGAGGAGCUGCUCAGGGAUCUUUUCGUCGCCUAGACGGCACUCAGGACCAAUUUGAGCAGUACUACACUCCGCUUCUGGCUACUGUGCGACAAUAUGGACUCGAGGGCCUUGACCUGGAUGUGGAAGAGGAAAUGUCUCUCAGUGGUAUCAUUCGACUUAUUGAUCGAUUGAAGUUGGAUAUGGGCCAUGCCUUUAUCAUCUCUCUUGCCCCCGUGGCUGCGGCUCUUCUGAAUGUUGGAAAUCUCUCCGGUUUCAAUUAUCGAGAGCUCGAGGAGGCUCGCUCCGCCAAGAUCGACUGGUACAAUGCCCAGUUCUAUAAUGGAUGGGGCCCUGCCGACAACCCGGGCAUGUAUAUCGCUGUGGUCGCCCUGGGCUGGCAACCGGAGCGGGUGGUUUAUGGUCUCUUGACAAAUCCCGCAAAUGGCUCACAGGGAUACGUGCCUCGAGAGAAGAUCACUGAAGUUCUGUCUAUACUGAUUCAGAGAUUUCCUACCUUUGGCGGCGUGAUGGGAUGGGAAUACUUCAAUGCGAUGCCUGGUGGGCGUGAGAAGCCAUGGCUCUGGGCCACCGAGAUGACACUGACUCUGGGCUUGGAUCAUGUCCUGUCUGAGGCUCAUAACAUGCUCAUUUCUGGGCAGUGGGGCAAUUCUAUGCGUGGUUCCCGUUAA